AACUCCUUCGGUAUAAAUAAUAAGUGCAGUGUUUUGUGUUUCCGUGAGUUUAUACUAAAUUGGCGCCACAACACCUCACCAUGUCAUCAACACACGAACAUGAGGAUGAGGAGCGUGACGAUGUUGAGGAUGAACAAGAGAUUCACGUUGAUGUUGAUUCGGAUUCACGUAUUUCCUGUGGCAGCGGCUCCGACGUGGAUAUGGAAGGCGGCAGUUGCUAUGAUGAAAUGGAAACGCCGCUAAGUGAAUCCGUGCAGUCGGAGCAAACGCGCUCAUCGUCUAGUGAGAAUUUACCCUUUAGCAUAUCGCGCCUGCUGUCGAAGCCCUUCGAAAACAACAACAAACAAAGUCCUGAAAAAGACAUACAGAGUGAACAUGACUUGGCCGCGUACAAGUUGGCCACAAGCAUAGCAACAUCGACGUAUGGCGGCGCCACCGCACUCUAUACAUAUCCGCAUCUGUAUCCCACCGCAGCUGCGGCGGCCGCUGCCGGACAUGUACUACGCGUACCGCCGCAACGCACACCGUUAACCUGGGCGCUACCCCCAUUGCAUCACGCCGCUUUGGCACAUCAAGCGGUCAAGGACAGAUUGGCAGCUGCCUUUCCCAUCACCCGUCGCAUCGGCCAUCCGUAUCAAAAUCGCACACCACCAAAGCGGAAAAAGCCCCGCACAUCCUUCACACGCAUACAAGUCGCCGAAUUAGAGAAACGUUUCCAUAAGCAAAAAUAUUUAGCGUCCGCCGAGCGAGCGGCACUUGCGCGCGGUCUUAAGAUGACCGAUGCACAAGUGAAGACUUGGUUCCAGAAUCGGCGCACGAAAUGGAGACGUCAAACGGCUGAGGAGCGCGAAGCUGAACGUCAAGCGGCAAAUCGUCUGAUGUUAUCCCUGCAGGCAGAAGCAAUUAGCAAAGGAUUUGCGCCACCACCAGCCGCGCAACUGUCCACACAAGCGGUUAACGGUGCUCCAUUGGCGGCACUGCACGGACUCCAGCCCUGGGCUGAGACACACGCGGCUGGUUGCUAAUCCUCCCCACACUAAGGACAAGCCGGAACCAGAACCGUACUGGUGCACCAAAUAUCUAAGUGCAGUAAAGUUCAUUUGUGAUAUGCUUUGUAUAUAUAGGAAAAUCUACUACACUUACACAUACAUACAUACUAAAUAUUAUAUAUAAUAAAUACAAGCAAACGGAAUUAAUCUCAACAAAAAUUAAGUAUUAGCUAUACUGUUUAAUUUAUAAGCGUAAAGAGGAAAAAAACUUAAUUACUCUGCAAACUAAAAUAAAACUAAGCCGAACUUAAGUUGUCACAGAGGAAUUCUAAAAUAAAAAAGAAAAACAAAAUUGAAAGUGUAAUAACAUUUUUGCAUUGUAGAUGUAGCUGAAA